CUUGAUUUCUGCUUCUCAUCCUAUCUUUUCAUCUCCAUAUCCAUUAUCACAUACAAUUCAUCGAUCAUCAUGGCCGCCGCCGAUGUUGACGCUUAUGCUGGCCCGCUCGCCCAAUUCUUCGCGCACGGUUUGCGCUCGCCCAUCCUCCGUCGGCCGGACGAGGAAGGCCUCGAAUACGAGGAGGUUUGGUUCCCAUCGCUAGAUGGUGUGGUUCUCGAAGGCUGGUACAUUCCUGCCAAGGGCUCCAACAAGUUGAUCAUCGCCAACCACCCCAUGCCCUGCAACCGGUCCGGCUACCCGGGCCACCUCCCCGGGUUCGAGAUGUUCGGCGGCUUCGAAGUCAACUUCAUCAAGGACUACAAGGCCCUGCACGAUGCUGGCUACAACGUCCUCUGCUACGAUCUGCGCAACCACGGACGGAGCGGCGCCGGCUCCGGCGGUAUUGUGGGCAUUGGGCUGUUCGAGGCCCGGGACGUCGUGGGCUCGAUCCAGUACGCCCGCUCGCGUCCGGAUACCGCCCAUAUGGAGAUCGGGCUCCUGAGUCGAUGCUUGGGCGCCAACUCCACGAUUGUUGCGUUCGACAAAUUCCCCGGGUACUUGAAGGAUAUCAAGGCGCUUAUUGCUCUGCAGCCGGUUUCCAGCCGGGUCUUUGUGGAGGUUGGCGCGAAGAACGCGGGCCUGGAUCCCAAGGCAGCCGCCGAGGCCUUCGACACUAAGAUCUUCCAUCUGACUGGUCUUCACAUCGACGAGCUGACUCCGAUUCCGUACACGAAGGCGGUCACGGUGCCAACCAUGGUGGCUCAGGUCCACAGAGACUCGUCUGUUGUCCCUGAUGACAUUCAAACGAUCUAUGAUGGCAUCGGGGCUCGUGAGAAGGAGUUGUUUUGGAUUGAAGGGACUACCAGGCGGUUUGAUGGCUACAACUAUUUUGGUGAGCACCCGGAAAGGAUGCUGGGAUGGUUUGACAAGUACAUGUCCUGAGAGUUCCCUUACUUUGUGUUGGUGAUACUUGUUAUGAGCUUGUCCUGUUUUCAAGCCAUUUCUAGAUAAAAUGUUCAUGCAACAUUUGACUUCUACUGUACAAUAAUGUUAGACCUAUCUCGAAAGUUAGCUGCAGUAUUAGAGAUAGUCCAUCGGACAGGAAUCGAAGUCAGUAGUGGUG